GUUAAUCUUUUUUCAUUUUUUUGUGAAAAGAAGGUAGUAAAUUUUUAUAUAAAAAUAUUUUAGUAUUUAUAUAUAUAUAUGUGUAUAAUGUGAAACCGUGUGAAAUUUUAAUAUAACUAAAUUAGAACAGACCAUUCAAAUCGCACACAGAUCUCUGUUUCGCAGCAGCAUCACAAGGAUUGUUGACACGCUCACCAAGCCCUCAGCGAUUCUCCCAAUGAUUUUCUGAAUCGUAACUCAUCUGUUCAACUCUCGCAUCACCUCAUGGGUUCCAUCACUCGCCUGCUUCUCGUCUCCACCAUCUUCUUCUUGAUCUUCGUUUCCGCCAUCUCUGCGCAGGACUCUGGGGUUGAUAAUGAGACGCAGGAAUCGGAAGGAUCUCGUAAAGAGCUUGGCCGUCGUGGAAUGAUUGGCACUGAACGAAUUGGACUUGAUGCUGCUGGUGACAAUCUUGGUUUGAACCUCGAAGCGACUGGCCCUGGUGUCUUUGAUGCUUUGUUCUCGAGUUUCUCCAUGAUUCUCGUCACCGAGAUUGGCGAUGAGACUUUUAUAAUAGCGGCACUGAUGGCUAUGCGACACCCCAAAGCUACUGUUUUGUCUGGUGCACUUUCAGCUUUGUUUGUUAUGACCAUACUCUCUACUGGACUUGGUAGGAUAGUGCCAAACUUGAUUUCGAGGAAGCACACUAAUAGCGCUGCUACAGUACUCUAUGCGUUUUUUGGUCUACGACUUCUCUACAUUGCUUGGAGGUCAUCUGAUUCAAAGUCAAGUCAGAAGAAGGAAAUGGAGGAAGUUGAGGAGAAGCUUGAGUCGGGCCAAGGGAAGACACCCUUCCGUCGCUUUUUCUCAAGAUUUUGUACCCCAAUAUUUCUAGAGUCCUUCAUCUUAACCUUUCUAGCCGAAUGGGGAGACCGUAGCCAGAUUGCAACAAUAGCUUUGGCGACGCACAAGAACGCUAUAGGAGUGGCGAUAGGGGCAUCGGUAGGACACACAAUUUGUACAUCGCUGGCGGUUGUAGGAGGAAGCAUGUUGGCUUCAAGGAUCUCACAACGCACGGUCGCAACUGUUGGGGGCUUACUCUUCCUUGGCUUUUCAGUCUCUUCCUAUUUCUACCCUCCACUAUAGUUGUUUUGCUCUAUCCCAUAUUUUCUGCAACCUAUAUGUGCUUCUUUCUUUUACUUGCGAGGAAUGAGUGUUAGCGACAUUGUCUAAGUAAAGUAACUCUCUGUAUUAUUUUUUUCCCUUGGAUCGUUGUAUGGGUUCGAUGGCGAAACCAAAGUAAUCCAAUGCCAAUGCUUUUGCUUUAA